AUGUCUGUGGGAAAUUCAGUAAAGGAAAGAGCUGCGUUGUUGAGAGAACUGCACAGUAAAUGCGAAGAGCUGUGGCGUACAAAAUUGAUCCGCACGGCUCCAGAAACCCCUUUCAAUGCGUUAUGGGAUGAGCACAUUGAGAUUCGGAAGAAGCUUAGGGAAAUAAGCAGUUUACAAGAGAAACUGGCUGCUAAGAAGUACAGAAAUGCUAAUCGGCAAGAUUCACUCAACGAAUUCCUGCAGUGGUGUGAUCGAAUGCAAAUCAAAAGUCAUGGUGUUACUGUCAAAUACAUCAAAGAUAUCGGAUUUGAAAUCGAAACUACAGAACCAGUCAGAAAGGGAGUCGACAUUGUCAGUGUUCCUCGAAAUGCAUUGUUUUCUUGGGAUCAGGCACGAAAAUCGGUUUUGUUAAAGAAAUGUUUUGAGCGAGACAUUAUUGUACGUACGAUGGAUAAUGUCGCGUUGGCUUUAAUGCUUUGUUGUCAGAGACUUCUGCCUGAUUCUUAUUGGCACCCCUACUUUAACGUUCUUCCUGACAGUUUCGAUACGCCUCUGUAUUUCAGUGAAGAUGAGCUUCAAGCGUUAAGGCCUUCAACAGUGUUUGAAGAUUCGCUGUUACUGUUUCGAAAUGUGGCACGCCAAUUUUUACAUUUUCUGCUUGAAACAUUUUGUGUAUUGCCUUAUCGAAAUGCGAAGAAGAAGCAGCAAGUGCAAAUGCAAGAACCAGCACUUUUAAACUCUCCACUGACACCAGAAAAUUUCACGUUUGAUCUCUACAGAUGGUCGGUAGCAUGUGUUUCUACUCGGGUGAACAUGAUACCUAGUCAAGAUCUUAAAGAUAGGAACGGCCACCCAGUUAUGGUACCGUGUCUUAUCCCUUUACUCGACAUGGCAAAUCAUGAAUUAGAUUCUAAUAAGUCUCCGCCUAGCGUUUAUUUUUCUGUUGAAAACAACUGUGCUCGCAUCACUGCGGUAAGGAAUUAUGAAUCAUUUCAACCCGUUCGAAUUUACUACGGAAAAAGAAGUAGCGCUGACUUUUUACUUCACAACGGGUUUGUUCCGGAGUAUGAGGAUCCGGGGGAUACUUACAAAUUGAAAAUUGGUUUUUCGAAAAAUAGUGGCUUUUAUGAUGCAAGGAUGAAAUUGAUGCGUGAUUACGGGUACACAACGGAAUCAAAUGUAUUCUAUUUUCUUGUUUCAUCUAUAGAACCGUGUGUUAGCGACUCACUUCUGUACUUUGCACGAGUUUUUGUUAUUAGCGAGCCAUCCGAGGAGUGUCGAGACCAGCUAGAAGAUAAGUCUGUCUUGGCAAAAGCUUGGGAUUUCCUACGUAAACGUUUCGAGCUUGUCAUCAUUUCUUAUGGAAAUCUUGAAAAGCAUAGCACGAAAGGUGAAAGAAAUUCUACUAUUUUGAGGCUAAAGCGAAAUGAGGUCCAAAUAUUGGAACGGGCGCUUCGGUACUGCAUUUGUCAAAUCCAGAAACUAGAACCAAAAACUGUUGAAGAAGGUUGA